AUGAACCCAUUUCUGUCUUCUUCAAGAACCACCAUAGUUUUAAUCUCUUCUCUCACUUUUCAAUCUCUAAAGCAAUUCUCAUCUACUACUUCAGCAAAACCAACCAAAUGGAACUCGCCGACCAACACCAUAAUCACCCAUCCAAUUCUCGUAGCUUUGGAAUCAUGCACUUCCAUGCUUCAAUUGAAGCAAAUCCAAGCCCACAUGACAAAAACAUCUCUCAUUACCCACACUUUCCCUGUUAGUCGUGUCUUAGCCUUUUGCGCUCUCUCUGACGCUGGAGAUAUAAACUAUGCCCAUCUUCUGUUUUCUCAGCUACAAAACCCCAAUACUUAUAUUUGGAAUACAAUGAUUAGAGGCUACUCUAAAGCCAAAAUGGGCCACGUUGGCUUCUUGUAUUUCUGCGAAAUGGUGCAACAAGGUGUCGAGAUGGACAGUAGGAGCAUUGUUUUCGCGCUCAAAGCGUGCGAGCAGUUUUUGGGAGUUUUAGAAGGGAAAUCGGUUCAUUGUGUUAUUUGGAAGAUGGGUUUUGUUUAUGCGUUGUUGGUUCAAAAUGGGUUGGUUCAUUUUUAUGGUUUGCGCGGUUGUUUGGGUUUAGCUCGUCAAGUGUUUGAUGAAAUUUCUGACAGAGAUGUUGUGUCUUGGACUUCUAUGAUUGAUGGGUAUUCUGAGCAUAAUUGGUCUGAUGAGGCUUUGAGGCUUUUUGACUCCAUGUUAAUGUAUGGUAAUGCCGAGCCAAAUGAGGUGACUAUGAUUGCAGUUCUUUCAGCUUGCACGCAAAAGGAGGAUUUGAGAUUAGGGAAGACUUGUCACGAAUAUGUAAAAACAAGGAAUGUGACUUGUAGCUUAAAUCUGAUGAAUUCGAUCUUGGAUAUGUAUGUGAAAUGCGGCUGUUUGGAUUCUGCUAGAGGGAUUUUUGAUACCAUGGGAGCUAGAGAUGUGUUCUCAUGGACAACCAUGGUUAAUGGGUAUGCUAAAAGCGGUGAGCUAGAGCUGGCAAGAACGUUGUUUAAUGAGAUGCCAGAGAGGAAUGUGGUUUCUUGGAAUGCCAUGAUUGCUGGGUAUUCUCAAAAUAACCAACCAAAGGAAGCUUUAAAAUUGUUUCAUCUCAUGUUGGAAGCUGAAUUUGUUCCAAUGGAGAAUACAUUAGUUUGUGUGCUCUCUGCUUGUGGUCAAUUGGGUUGCUUGGACUUUGGACAUUGGAUCCAUCGAAACUUCAUCGGUACGAAACACAGCAAAAUGAGUCUGAUUGUAGCAAAUGCGUUCAUAGACAUGUACGCUAAAUGCGGAGUCAUACAUGAAGCUGCAAAAGUUUUUAAUGACAUGCCAGAGAGGAAUUUGGUUUCUUGGAACUCCAUGAUUGCUGCUUAUGCUUCUCAUGGGCAUGCUAAGCAAGCUCUGAUUGUUUUUGAGCAAAUGAUGAGUGAAAAAUUUAAGCCAGACGAUAUUACAUUUGUGGGUGUCUUGUCAGCUUGCAGUCAUGGUGGCUUAGUUGCUGAAGGUCGAGAAUAUUUUCAAAACAUGAAAAGAAAAUAUGGUAUAGAACCCAAGAGAGAACACUAUGCUUGUAUGAUCGAUUCUCUUGGUCGAGUUGGACUCCUAGAAGAUGCAUAUGAGUUGAUAACCAAGAUGCCAAUGGAGCCAAGUGCAGCUGCUUGGGGUGCCCUAGUCCACGGUUGCAGGAUACAUGGGAAUGUCGAACUAGCUAAGAUGGCUGCUCCCAGACUCUUGGAGUUGGACCCUGAAGACAGCGGGACCUAUGUUCUACUAGCAAAUGCUUGUGCCAAGGGAAGAAGGUGGGACGAUGUAAGAAUGGCAAGGAGUACUAUGAGGGAGAGGCGGGUUAAGAAGAUUCCUGGAUGUAGCAAGAUAGAGGUUGAGGGCAAGUUUCAUGAAUUUUUGGCUGGUGAUGAAUCACAUCUGCAAUCUGAAGGCAUUUAUAAAGCACUAGAUCAGAUAUUUGUGAUAUCUGAACUGGAGGACUGCAAGGAAUACUUUUGA